AUGCUCCACAUGCUCUACAUGCUCUACAUGCUCUACAUGCUCUACAUGCUCCACAUGCUCCACAUGCUCUAUAUGCUCUACAUGCUCUAUAUGCUCUACAUGCUCCACAUGCUCUACAUGCUCCACAUGCUCUACAUGCUCCACAUGCUCUACAUGCUCCACAUGCUCUAUAUGCUCUACAUGCUCUACAUGCUCCACAUGCUCUACAUGCUCCACAUGCUCUACAUGCUCCACAUGCUCUACAUGCUCCACAUGCUCCACAUGCUCUAUAUGCUCUACAUGCUCCACAUGCUCUACAUGCUCUACAUGCUCCACAUGCUCCACAUGCUCUACAUGCUCUACAUGCUCUACAUGCUCCACAUGCUCUACAUGCUCUACAUGCUCUACAUGCUCCACAUGCUCUAUAUGCUCUACAUGCUCCACAUGCUCUACAUGCUCCACAUGCUCUACAUGCUCUACAUGCUCUACAUGCUCUACAUGCUCUACAUGCUCUACACGCUCUACAUGCUCUACACGCUCCACAUGCUCCACAUGCUCCACAUGCUCUAUAUGCUCUACAUGCUCUACAUGCUCCACAUGCUCUACAUGCUCUACAUGCUCCACAUGCUCUACAUGCUCCACAUGCUCUACAUGCUCUACAUGCUCCACAUGCUCCACAUGCUCUAUAUGCUCUACAUGCUCCACAUGCUCUACAUGCUCCACAUGCUCUAUAUGCUCCACAUGCUCUACAUGCUCCACAUGCUCUAUAUGCUCCACAUGCUCUACAUGCUCCACAUGCUCUACAUGCUCCACAUGCUCUACAUGCUCCACAUGCUCUACAUGCUCCACAUGCUCUAUAUGCUCUACAUGCUCUACAUGCUCCACAUGCUCUACAUGCUCCACAUGCUCUACAUGCUCCACAUGCUCCACAUGCUCUAUAUGCUCUACAUGCUCUACAUGCUCCACAUGCUCUACAUGCUCUACAUGCUCCACAUGCUCUACAUGCUCCACAUGCUCUACAUGCUCUACAUGCUCCACAUGCUCCACAUGCUCUAUAUGCUCUACAUGCUCCACAUGCUCUACAUGCUCCACAUGCUCUACAUGCUCCACAUGCUCUACAUGCUCCACAUGCUCUAUAUGCUCUACAUGCUCUACAUGCUCCACAUGCUCUACAUGCUCCACAUGCUCUACAUGCUCCACAUGCUCUACAUGCUCCACAUGCUCUACAUGCUCCACAUGCUCCACAUGCUCUAUAUGCUCUACAUGCUCCACAUGCUCUACAUGCUCUACAUGCUCCACAUGCUCUACAUGCUCUACAUGCUCUACAUGCUCCACAUGCUCUACAUGCUCCACAUGCUCUACAUGCUCUACAUGCUCCACAUGCUCUAUAUGCUCUACAUGCUCCACAUGCUCUACAUGCUCCACAUGCUCUAUAUGCUCUACAUGCUCUACAUGCUCUACAUGCUCUACACGCUCUACACGCUCCACACGCUCCACACGCUCCACAUGCUCCACAUGCUCUAUAUGCUCUACAUGCUCUACAUGCUCCACAUGCUCCACAUGCUCUACAUGCUCUACAUGCUCCACAUGCUCUACAUGCUCCACAUGCUCUACAUGCUCUACAUGCUCCACAUGCUCCACAUGCUCUAUAUGCUCUACAUGCUCCACAUGCUCUACAUGCUCCACAUGCUCUAUAUGCUCUACAUGCUCUACAUGCUCUACAUGCUCUACAUGCUCUACACGCUCUACAUGCUCUACACGCUCCACAUGCUCCACAUGCUCCACAUGCUCCACAUGCUCUAUAUGCUCUACAUGCUCUACAUGCUCCACAUGCUCUACAUGCUCCACAUGCUCUAUAUGCUCUACAUGCUCCACAUGCUCCACAUGCUCUACAUGCUCCACAUGCUCUACAUGCUCUACAUGCUCUACAUGCUCCACAUGCUCUACAUGCUCUACAUGCUCCACAUGCUCCACAUGCUCUACAUGCUCUACAUGCUCUACAUGCUCUACAUGCUCCACAUGCUCCACAUGCUCCACAUGCUCUACAUGCUCUAUAUGCUCUACAUGCUCUACAUGCUCUACAUGCUCUACAUGCUCCACAUGCUCCACAUGCUCCACAUGCUCUACAUGCUCUACAUGCUCCACAUGCUCCACAUGCUCCACAUGCUCUACAUGCUCUACAUGCUCCACAUGCUCCACAUGCUCCACAUGCUCUAUAUGCUCUACAUGCUCUACAUGCUCUAUAUGCUCUACAUGCUCCACAUGCUCUACAUGCUCCACAUGCUCUACAUGCUCCACAUGCUCUACAUGCUCUACAUGCUCUACAUGCUCCACAUGCUCUACAUGCUCCACAUGCUCCACAUGCUCUACAUGCUCCACAUGCUCUACAUGCUCCACAUGCUCCACAUGCUCUACAUGCUCUACAUGCUCUACAUGCUCCACAUGCUCUACAUGCUCUACAUGCUCCACAUGCUCUACAUGCUCCACAUGCUCCACAUGCUCUAUAUGCUCUACAUGCUCUACAUGCUCUACAUGCUCCACAUGCUCUAUAUGCUCUACAUGCUCUACAUGCUCUACAUGCUCUACAUGCUCUACACGCUCUACAUGCUCUACAUGCUCUACACGCUCCACAUGCUCCACAUGCUCCACAUGCUCUAUAUGCUCUACAUGCUCUACAUGCUCCACAUGCUCUACAUGCUCCACAUGCUCCACAUGCUCUAUAUGCUCUACAUGCUCCACAUGCUCUACAUGCUCUACAUGCUCUACAUGCUCCACAUGCUCCACAUGCUCUACAUGCUCUACAUGCUCUACAUGCUCUACAUGCUCUACAUGCUCCACAUGCUCUACAUGCUCCACAUGCUCUACAUGCUCCACAUGCUCCACAUGCUCUAUAUGCUCUACAUGCUCUACAUGCUCCACAUGCUCUAUACUCGCUGA